GGCAGCAAUAUCAACAAUGUACCCGACACUGCUCAUAGUCAUACUGUUCAUAUGCCAUCCAUCUCUGACAGAACUUCACAGCAAACUUUUACCGUCGUCCUGAGCUUGCCAGUUGAAGCUUUUUUGCCAGUUGAAGCUACUAUGCUUAGAUUGCAAAAAGCCGCAACAUAUUUCUUCCAUAGCGAACGUACACAGUGCAUAUAGAUAGUCAUUUGCUUUCAGCAUUUUAAUUGGCAUGAUUUUUAGGUAGAAGCAAAGUAACAAAAAAAAAAUCUCAGAAGGUACUUUUUCAACGUGAGACUGACAAUCCAUCUGGGAGUAUUUGGGAUAGCGCUCUGAUAAGAGGGUCCUGUUGAGAUUGUAAGCGCUGGAGGAUGAGUCCACGGGUAUCUGAGAAAGCCCUAGAUGGAGGCUGGGGAUGGGUCAUCGUUGUGGCAUCCUUCAUGGGCCAGUUUCUCGCCUACGGUUCGCCCCAGUCUGUCGGAGUUCUCUACCCUGAGUGGCUGAGCACUUUCCAGGAAGGAAAAGGGCUCACUGCCUGGGUUGGGUCACUUGUGUCCGGUGUGGGACUGAUUGCAAGCCCCAUCUGCAGUGCCUGUGUCAGUAACUUCGGUGCCAGACCCGUCACCAUCUUCAGCGGGGUGAUGGUGGCGGGGGGGCUGAUGCUCAGCGCCUUCGCCCCCAACGUCCAGUUCCUCAUCUUCUCCUACGGAGUAGUUGUUGGGCUGGGCUGUGGACUGGUCUAUGCAGCCACUGUAACCAUCACCUGUCAAUACUUUGACACAAGGCGUGGUCUUGCCCUUGGAAUCGUAACAACAGGUACAAGCGUGGGCGGGUUCCUGUAUGCCACAGCUAAGAAGGAGCUUAUCGAACUCUUCGGACUCGAGGGCUGUUUGCUAAUCAUCGGAGCUCUUUCUCUCAACCUCAUGGCUUGUGCUGGACCAAUGAGACCCCUGCAUAAGCCAGGCUACUACCUCAAGCAGAAGGCCGCGAUCGAGCGGACGGAGGAGCAGUUGUUUUCUCAGCCCGAGAAACUCCAAGCCCCAGAGGACCCGGUGAAAACCACAGCCGGAACUUCCAGCAAGAGCCUUACUGUCAAAGACUUGCUGAUCACCGUGGACGCUAAAGACACUCUGGCUUAUGACAAGAGCGUCCUGGGUAGCUCGGCCCUGGUGAGGAUCAUUAAGAAGAAGAGGCAGGCCUACACUAAAUACAUGCGCACCACGGGCGAGUUCCUGCAAGACCGGGUCUUCGCGUCCCUCUGCGUUGCCCUCUUCCUCUUCAGCCUCGGGGCGUUCCCCCCCGUGCUCUUCAUGGAGGACGUGGCCCAGAGCCAGGGGCUCAUCGACGACAUCAGCGUCAUACCCCUGGUUUCCAUCGUGGCCAUCACCACGGGGCUGGGCAAACUGGUGCUGGGCAUGAUGGCCGACCUGCGCUGGAUCAACAGCAUGUACCUCUACGCCUUCACCGUGGUGGGCUCGGGGGUGGCUCUGCUCAUCAUUCCGGUGUCCAAAAGCUACCUCGCCCUCCAGAUCCUCUCGGGUGUGGUGGGCUUCUUCUCUGGGAACUGGUCCAUCACGCCCUACGUAACCACCAAGAUCGUCGGGAUCGAGGGGCUGACCCAGGCCUACGGAAUCCUGAUGUUCUUCGGAGGUUUCGGAAUCAUGUUUGGACCUCCAGUUGUGGGCUGGUUCUAUGACUGGACCCAAUCCUACGAAAUUGCAUUCUACUUCAGCGGAGGCUGUGUCAUUCUGGGCGGACUCUGCCUCUUCCUUUCCACUCUGUCUUGCUGGGACAGGAAGAAGAACGACAACCCGAGGCCUGAGAUCCAAUACACCAGUAACUGUGACAAAGUAGCCUCUGUUGCGUAAAUGAUGGUUAGCUUUAAUGUUGCUGUCGUGUGACUUCAGCAACGUCUACCAGUCAGGCCCUUCGAAACUGGCUUUUUUUUUUUUGGUGUUGCGCACAUUUCGGGUGGUUGCUUUGACCUUUGUCGAGCUGACAUUUUAUAUACUUGAGACAACGGUUGUGAAGUUGAGUAGCCUUUUUCCACCUUGAAUGCAUUUUCCGUCCACACAGGAGCCUGCAGUGAUCCUCAAUUUUCCUUCAGUGUCUUCAAGUUACAUUAUUAUGGCCUGAUUUUUAAAGGCUUUGAUUUAACAAGACUGUUUGGAUAUGCAUUAAGUGUCUUUUUAAAAAAUGCAGUCCAAUUUAAAUGUCAUUCGCAUGAAACUUAUUGACCACCCUAUCAAUCGAAAAGGUCAAUGGAGCUUAGAAGUAAUAGACUCUUAAAUGUGCUGCACUUAGCUUAUACUGAGAUUUAGCAUUUUUAUUGUUAUUACCAUUCAAAUUUCAACCUCUAGAAGUCCUUGCAUAUCCACUGAUAUGAAAACAGUAGGGAAUGCACUUUUCUGUUCUCAUUUAAUUCUAGCUACACAUUUGUUGUCUUUUUAUUCUGUUGCCUUUUAAAACAUUUUGUCCCCUGACAUCUCACUAAAGCACCACGACUUUAGUUUAUUAUAUACAGUAAAAAUGCCUUACUUUAAAAUGGUAAAGGUAAGUACACAAGCAAUCGAUCAACCAAAAUCAUUAUGAUUUUCUGUUGUUAAUGUUAUACCAACAUGGUGCAUAUUUUCCUGCAAAUCUGUCUUGGAAAAUGUAAUGAUCAUUUGCUGUAGAAUUUCAUGAGGCUGGUCCUGUUGUUUUUGGGGAGGGUCUUUUUUUUUUUUUUAAGAAAAAAUUUUGUAAACUGUCCUCAAAUGUACCAACCUGUGUAGAGUUUUUUUACAUGUACAGAGCCAGGUGAUAGAUAUAUGGUGAUUUAAACUUUGUUUAGUAUUACUUUUUAAAAGAAGGACACAGGUAUUGAUGUUUUACUUGUAAGAUGCCUGCAAGGUUUAGAUUAAAAUCGCCAUAAAAGCUUGUCUUUUUCUGACACUUGCUGCAAUGUGAUUGGAUUCCGAGAAAUUGGUUUAUGUAUGUGAGAUCAUUACAGCACGCAAUUACAAUGUUUGUGACUGAGACAAAUUUGGAAAGAAUAUACAAGCUUUUGUGAAUUCCCAAUUUGUCUGUGGAGAGUAAUUGCUACAGUAGGCUAUUUGUUUGCUACAAUGCCGUUUAUGUUAUUGUUAUUUCUUCCUGAUGAAAA